AUGGACGCUGAAUAUAUGAGCCAGACAAAGGGUCCACGCAUUCUAGGCGUGUUCUGGGCCUUCUUCAGUGUCAUGGUCACCAGUUAUACAAUUGUCACCACGGUGAAUGUCGUUCUAGGCUAUGGGAGCCAUACCUCUGCGUUGAUAGAAAGAGGCGGUAUGGACUUGGCCGAGCGCAUUCUAGUCAUUAAUUAUGCAAACUUUGCGCUAGGAAUCAUGUCUUUCACAACUCCGAAACUUGCAGUCGCUGCUCUCCUGAAUCGCAUCAUGAAUCCCAGCCGAUUCCACCGAAUAUGGCUAUGGAUAUUGACAGCCUCGGUCUUUGUGGCAUCGACCAUCUGCAUCAUCGUUCUUUUCACCAUGUGUGAUCCUCCUCAGGCUUUAUGGAAGGUUCAUCUCAUGGCUGAAGGGGCAACAUGUCGUUCGAUUACAGUCCUGGUGGGCUAUGCAAUCUUUACUGGAGUUCUGUCCGCCGUGGUUGAUCUAUAUCUUGCAAUUUAUCCGACUGUGGUAUUGCUACGACUUCAAAUGUCGCUUAAGAAGAAAUUGGCCCUGUGCGCGGCUUUGGGGCUGGGCGCCGUAGCCUGUGCAAUGGCUAUUGUCAAGUGUCUACAGCUGCCGGGUCUAUACAAUACGACAGACUCGACAUACGCAACAGCAGAUCUUGUUAUCUGGACGAGUGUCGAGUCGAACAUCAUCAUAAUGGCCUCUUGCAUCCCAACCUUGGGUCCGAUGUACGAAAUGAUCCGAGGCAAACGUUCCUGGAGUUCUCACGGGCGAUAUGGUAGUAGUAAGAUGCAGUCUUACACGGAUAGGCCGACGAAGAAAUCAACCAACACUCGCGAGGACGACGACAUCCUCAUGACCACGAAUAUUGAGACUACGAGAAGUGGUAGCCAGGAAAGCAUUUUGAACUCCGACCAGCUCCGGAAAGAGGCCUAUGUGGUCGGCAAGAUUCAUCGCACAGAUCAGGUAAAGAUUGAAUAUGGGACAAGACCUCAAGGUGACAACGAAUCACGGCCUUCAUGGUAG